AUGCACGAAGACUACAGCAAGAUCUAUGACAUGUACAGAACUGCGUUAAAAGUUGCUGAAGAUCAAAAGCUCGAGUAUAGUGCAUUGUACGAGAAAUAUGUUGAAAAAGUCGAAGAAGGCAAACGUAUGCAAGGAAAGAUGAGCCGAUUGCGGGAGGAUGCUCAGAAUAAGCUUGAACGUGCUUCCAAAGAUGUACAAGAUUGCCUUCGCGAACGAGAUGAGAGCUUGCUUGGAUUACGACUGAAAGUUCGUCAGUUGGAAAUGGAUUUGAAAACAAGUCAGCAUGAAUUGGAAAUAAAGAAAAACGAGGCCUCCGAACUACGCGACAUUUGCAAUCAGCUGAUGUCUCAAAUGGAACCCGGGUCCGAUGUGGAGCAGUGA